AUGUCAUCAAAAGUUCAGAAGAUAGGUCAUAGUUUUCACAAAAACCAAGUGCAGCCAAACCGCCUAAAAUUCGAAAUAAUCUACAAGAGACAUUUGGAAACAACGCCCAGUAGUAGUUAUGAUAACAACAGCUGUGAUACAAAUUUAAACUCUCAACAAAAGUCAUCAUCUAACGACAUUCACAAAGCAAAGCAGACUCCUAGAGAUGUUUUUAACGACUCAGUGAAGAAGAUUGCGGCUUUUAAACAAUCUAUGAGCAAAGACAUCAACUUUAUACCCGUUAUGGGAAAGCCAGGAUCCGGAGUUCGCAGUAAUAAAAGUUUCAAGCCAAAAUUAGAAGACAUUAAGAGCUCAAUGCUUUUAUUAAAUAAAAAGAAUGUGCAAGCAGAUCCAGAUAUUCCGAAACCGAAGCCAGUGGAGGAGUGGGAGAGAAUACAAAAGUUGAGAGAAGCGAAAGAAAAGUUCCGAAGUAAGGAUUUUUGGAAUGACGCCAAGUAUGAUAAUAUAGAAGGGCUUAACUGGAUUUCAUGGAAAUAAUAACUGAAGACAGUGAAAGAAUGAAUUGAAAGAAAUUCAUCUGUAUUUAUAAAUUUAUAAUAGUAGUACACAGCACAGUGUUGUCUAUGUUGUU